AUGUCUGCUCCCCUCUCUAUUCAGGCUGACGCCUAUGUUUGUCCGCCUGUCAAGACCGCAACGGGCCUGCUUGAACCAGAAAGGCAAUGGUGGCAACCCAUCACCAGCACAUUGAUUCAUGGGCCUACCUCGGCUGUGCUUGUCGAUCCACCUCUUACUACAGAUCAAUCAGAAAAGGUAGCUGAUUGGAUCGAGUCGAUACUCUCAUUGUAUCCCGGAAAAACCCUGAAAUUCAUCUACGUGACGCACGCUCACGGCGACCACUUCUUCGGCGCCCCAGUCAUCCAGAAACGGUUUCCAAAUGUCGAAAUUCUGACGACAGCGACAGUUUUAGAGGGCAUCAAGGUUGUGUACUCACCCGAAGUACAUGAGGGCGUCUGGGGCAAACUGUUCCCCAACGGGCAACUCCCGGUAGAAAAACGGCUACCGACGGCACUGCCGUCUUCUAAUGAAUUCUUCAUCGACGGCGAGGUCCUCAAGGCCUACGACGUAAGCUCUGACUGCGAGCAAUCGUCAUUCUUACACGUCCCAUGCAUCAAGCUCGUCGUCGGCGGUGAUGUUGUGUACGGGGACUGUCAUCAACACCUUCGCGAGGCAAAUACCCCCGAGAAGAGGCAGCGUUGGCUCGACGCGCUUGAUCUCAUUGACAGUCUCAAACCUAACGUCGUUGUCCCCAGCCACAAGCGAGCCACUCAAAGCGAUGGAGCCUAUCUCGUCGAGGCCACCAGGAGGUAUAUCCUCGAUUUUGCACGUUGGGGCGAUGAAAUCAAGAAGGAUGAUUCGAUUGAAGCCGCGAAAAAGCCCGAAGCGUUGUUCGCCAGGGUCAAGAAGGGGUAUUCACAACGCUGGAACGAGUGGUUGUUGUUGGGUGGGGCGGUGGCUUUCUUUGACUGA